AUGGUGCUGCUGAUAGACCGGUGUUAUAUUACAAUACAAAUCACAAUUCCUGUUUCACAACUCCUGUUGUGGGUUUUAAGGAGUGCUUGGGCAGUCCUGCCCCAGUGUUAGUACGGCGCGGGCAGAGCAGCUCAGGCACAGGGGUGGCGGGAGCAUCGCCAGCCCGGGCUCCUGGGGCAUCGGGGCACCCACAGCCUCCCUGUCCCAGACUGGAGGAUCUUUGCCGGGUUUCUGCAGGUGGGACCACGUCAGAGCUGGAUGAACAUGGAUUUAGCCUCCGAGCGACUGAAUGGCAGAGGUCCCAGCACAAGACGCAAAGCCUCCACGGCGCUGGAGUCCUUCAAGCGGAUUGGCAUCCCCAUCCUGGCAGCAGUGUUCAGCCUCGCCUGCCUGGUUAUGGUCGGGUUCUUGAUCAAGGUUUACCUGGACUACCACUACUUCUUCUGCAAACAGCCCCUGAAGCUGGUGCUGCUGCGGCAGGUGUGUGACGGGCACAUGGAUUGUCUGCAGGGUGAGGACGAGGCCAGCUGUCCCCAGUGGGUCCGUGAGGGGCCACCAGCUGGGGCCCGUGUUUCCAAAGACAGAUCCAUCCUGCAGGUGCUUAACAGAAACACUGGAGCCUGGUCCUGCAUCUGCCACGACCACUUCAACCUGGUGCUGGCAAAAGCAGCCUGUGAGCAAAUGGGCUACAGGAGCACCCCCACUUUCUGGCCAGUGGAGGCGGACGCAGGGCAGCCCCUGCCUCCCCACGAACUUGUGCUGAGCAACGGCAGCCUCCAGAUGCCCGAGCCUGGCAGGAAAUGCUUCUCUGGAUCGGUUGUUUCGCUCUUUUGUUCCAACUGCGGGGAGAGCAUCAGGACUCCGCGUGUGCUGGGUGGGAGUCCGGCCGCCAUUGAGGCUUGGCCAUGGCAGGUCAGCUUGCAGUACAGGAAGGAGCACAUCUGCGGGGGCAGCAUUAUCGACCCCAGCUGGGUCCUGACGGCAGCGCACUGCUUCAAGAACAACCCCGUCAUUCAGAGUUGGCGCGUGAAGGCCGGCUCCGACCUCCUCUCGGGCACUGCCACCCUCCCUGUGGAGAAGGUCUUCCUAGCUGAGGUGACACCUGCAUCUCCCAAGGACAAUGACAUUGCCCUGGUGAAGCUGCAGUCUCCCCUGCAUGUCUCAGGCAGCAGCAAGCCCAUCUGCCUGCCCUAUUUCGACGAGGAGCUGGUGCCGGGCACGUCCCUGUGGGUGAUAGGCUGGGGCUACACGCAGGAGCACGGCAAACUGUCGGAGACCCUGCAGCAGGCGGAGGUGAAACUCAUAGACGCAGAGAGCUGCAACCUGGUCGCCUACCACGGGGAGGUCACCGAGAAGAUGCUAUGUGCCGGCUUGCCCCAAGGCGGGGUGGACACCUGCCAGGGGGACAGCGGCGGGCCCCUGCUGUACUCGGGCAGGCACUGGCAGGUGGUGGGCAUCGUCAGCUGGGGCCAGGGCUGCGGGACCCCCAGCACGCCCGGCGUCUACACCAGCGUCCGUGCCUACCUCAACUGGAUCUACGCCGUCCGGAGGGUCAGUGCCGUACUGCCGACACUGCUGCAGCAACACCCAUGGCUGCUCUGUUGCGCAGGUUUUGGGGGGCGGUGGGGAAGGCCCAGGGCCCCCUUGGCGGUUCUGCACAGCGGGGAACCGCACUGUCGCUGCAGGACAGGCUGUGGGCAACCAGCCCCCUUCAGCUCUGCGCGGGAGCCCAGCCAGCUCCUUAAGGAUGCGACUCUGUUUGCCUCCUGGUUGCUGCUGCCCUUCAAAGCUUGCAGUUUCUUCUCUCCCUCCCUCUGUCCUUCCAGUCAGAGCUCUGAGACCAGCCGGGACAGGUCCCUCCUCUCUCCCCAAGCCUCCCUCCCCACGCACUUGGCUGUCUUGGCUCCAGCAGUAGCUGGGAAAUGGAUCUCCAGCCACGGAAGGGGCCAAGCGAGUGUGAAACAUGGGAGCUUCACCCCACCGCAGGCCAGCGGUGACCCCAGGACACAGCCAGCCCCAGUUGCUGGUCCCCCCAGCCCUUGGAGGAACGGAGGCACCUCGGGGCCCGGAGCGUGGCUGGGAAGAGAUGACAGCCCCGACAGCAACGGAUCUUCCACCGAUUUGGUUCUUGAGUGUGCUUAA